AUGGCUACUGUGAAUCUAAGCUCAUUAAUACAUAUCUCUUGCAGAAAACCCAGAUCCGUACCCGGGUCCAAUACAUCCAUCCUCAAAGUCCAACCUUUCCUACUCCGGCCAAAACUCGCCGCUUUCUCAGCCGUCACGAGAGAAGACAGUUACAAAAGUAUCAUCCACGAAGGAGAAGAAGACAACCUCGAAUUCGAUUUCAUGUCUUACAUGAUCGGUAAAGCUAAUUCCGUCAAUAAAGCUCUCGAUUCCGCCGUCUCGCUCCGAGAACCCAUCAAGAUCCACGAGGCGAUGCGUUACUCUCUCCUCGCCGGCGGAAAGCGCGUAAGACCAGUUCUCUGCAUCGCCGCGUGUGAGCUAGUCGGCGGCGAAGAAUCCGCCGCGUUACCGGCGGCUUGCGCCGUCGAGAUGAUCCACACGAUGUCCCUGAUCCACGACGAUCUCCCGUGUAUGGACAACGACGACCUCCGCCGCGGAAAACCCACGAACCACAAAGUAUUCGGCGAGGACGUCGCCGUUUUAGCCGGAGACGCGCUUCUAUCAUUCGCGUUUGAGCAUUUGGCGACGUCGCGGGUUUCUCCGGCGAGAGUGGUUAGAGCAAUCGGGGAGCUAGCGAAAGCCGUAGGAUCAGAAGGGCUCGUGGCGGGGCAAAUCGUGGAUCUAAGCAGUGAAGGAAUGAAUCAAAACGACGUCGGAUUAGAGCUUCUGGAGUUUAUCCACGUUCACAAAACGGCGGUUUUGCUGGAGGCGGCGACGGUUUUGGGAGCGAUCGUUGGUGGCGGAACUGAUGGAGAUAUCGAGAAGCUGAGGAAGUUUGCGAGAUGCAUUGGGUUGUUGUUUCAGGUGGUUGAUGAUAUUUUGGAUGUGACGAAAUCGUCGGAGGAAUUGGGGAAAACCGCCGGAAAAGAUUUGAUCGCCGAUAAGCUGACGUAUCCGAAGCUGAUGGGUCUUGAGAAAUCGAAGGAAUUUGCGGAUAGAUUGAUGAGAGAUGCUCAAGAACAGCUUCGUGGAUUUGAUUCUAAAAAGGUUGCACCUUUAUUGGCUUUGGCUAAUUACAUUGCGAAAAGACAGAACUAA